AUGCACGACGUUGGGUGGCAUUUUUUGUCCGUAGCGACCAACGCGUCGUGCUCCAGCAAGGAUCAGGCGUUUGCAGCGGGAUACGCGGAGGGGCAGCUGACGUCACUCCCCAUGCAGCAGCAUUUCGUUAACGAGUUCGGCAAGUUAAAACGCUCCCCGCGCCUGCUGCAGUACCUGCAAACGAAUCGCGCUUAUAUGGAGGAUAUGGUCGCUGCCGCCGAGGCUGGUGAUGUGGCGGACGGCGACGAUCGGACGUUCUGGUGGCAGGUGGGUUUGGUGUUGGAGCAGGUGAGGGGGCUGCACAUGGGCUUUAACGACGCAGUCAAGCCUGAAGAGAGGCUGGAAGCCAUUGACUUCGACAUUAUGAAUCUGCACGGGGACAUCCAGGAUCUACAGUACGUACUCGAUAUAGCGCAUGCUGCACACGCAGACAUUGCCAGCGGUGAAGCGGAGGGAGGCAACAAUGGAAACAGGAGUGAUGAGACCAAUGGGAGCAGUAGUGGGGUCGGCAGUCAGGGCAUCAAUGGGGGAAGCAGGGAGGGCAACAGGAGGGGCGAGGGUGUGAAGGAAAGACUUAUGCUGGUUUUUCCAGAUGCAUGCUCUGCCAUAAUCAAGCUACUGCCUGGUAACGCUGACCUGCUCACGGCUCAAGCCACGUGGACUCGCCUCGAGACAAUGCUGCGCAUCUAUAAGAUCUACGAUUUCUCAUUCCAGCUCAAUCCACCAAUCAACAUCAACGCUGCUGCCACUGCCACGUCAGCUGCUGACGUCAUCCCGGGUCGUGCCAUGUCAUUCGCCAGCUAUCCCGGCCGUCUAUUUUCCGGCGACGAUUUUUACAUCACCAGUGCCAGGCUGGCGAUUCUGGAGACCACCAUCGGGAAUGACAACGCUGAGCUGUAUCGGCGCUACGUGAGGGCCAAUGGCACGGUCCUCGAGUGGAUCCGCAACGUGGUGGCCAACCGCGUGGCGAGCAGUGGGCGUCAGUGGGUGGACGUGUUCUCGCGGCACAACAGCGGCACGUACAACAACCAGUGGAUGGUCGUCCACUACAAGCGCUUCCACCCAGGCCUACCUCCCCCAGAUGACACCCUCUGGGUGCUCGAGCAGCUGCCGGGGCACAUUGUAGCGGAGGAUAUGAGCGCCCACUUGCGUGACGAGGGCUACUGGGCGUCGUACAACAACCCGGCCUUCCCUGCCAUCUUCAACCUCAGCGGAUUCGCAGAUCUGGAGCGGCGCCAUGGCUCGUGGUUCUCCCACUCACAGUGCCCCCGAGCCAAGCUGUUUCGCCGGGACCACCGCAAGGUGGUGGACGUGGCAUCACUGCAGCGUCUCAUGCGAUACAACGACUACAAGCACGACCCACUCUCCGCCUGCAACUGCACCCCCCCUUACUCUGCAGAGAUUGCAAUUGCUGCUCGUGGGGAUCUGAACAAGGCAGAUGGGCAGUAUGAGUUGCCGUUCCUGGGCCUCAGGGACCACGCUGAGACUGACACCAAGAUAACCGGGUACCACAUGUUACAGCACAGCCUGGCAGCACUGGCAAUAAGCGGGCCCACAUACGACCAGCAGCCACCGUUCCAAUGGAGCAAAUCACCCUUUGCUAACGUCUCCCAUCUGGGCCAUCCGGACCUCUUUCUCUUCCCAUGGCUCACCAUCAACUACGGCAUGGAGGGCACUGGCACCAGUCCAGAGGGCAUCACGAGCAGUAUGGAGGGCACCAGCGGCAGUAGACUAAGAGGCGGGGCUUCUCGCAAGUCCCCCGCAUCCACCUCUGCCCGCGGAAAGGCUUCCCCGGCCGCCGCCGCUUCCCCCGCUUCCCAGCGCCGAGCUUCCGACAGUCCCAGCGUUGCUGAGGUUCCUAUCGCUGCGUCGCCGCUCGCUCUGCCUGGGAAAUCUCCUGGAAAAUCUCCUGCAAAAUCUCCUGGGGGUCCUGCUGCGGUUGACGGGUCGCCAGGGCAGAUUGGCAGACAGCUGAGGAGCCAGAAGCCUGGAGAGUCUCCGAGCCUGCCGAACGGAGGGUCACCGAAUCCUCGGGGAAGGAAGCGAGGGUCGUUAGACGGGGAGAAGGACGCUAAGAGGCGGAAGUCAAGCGAGAGGGGCAAGGGAGCCGCAUCACCAGCAGGAAAGGCCGCAUCGCCAGCAGCACGCAGAGCAGGGAAGGCAGGGAAAGCGGGGAAAGAAGGGGAAGCGGGGGAAGGAGGGGAAGGAGAGGAAGCAGAGGAGACGGUAAAGCUGGAAAAGGCUGACGAGGCUGUAGAGAGAGAGGACGAGGGGGACGCGGGCGAAGAUCAGGGGGUUUCAGGCGAGGAGUCUCCGGCAGAAGGGGAGCAGCAACGGCGGGGCGCGCGCAGAGCACGCGGAGAAGGCAGGGGGGCAGCGGGAGGCGCAAGCAGAGGCGCAGGGGCUCGCGGACGGGGUCGCGGACGGGGGAGAGGGGGAAAGGCUGGCGCUGGGCUUGUUUCCCCUGACCGCCCCAUGUCCCCAGGGGGAGCGGCAGGCGCGGGGAAGGGGAGAGGCCCCAGGAAGCGGUCCCCUGCUCCCCCUAUCCAUGCUGAUGGGGAGGCAGGCGGAGCGGGGAAAGGGGGAAGGGGCGGGGGAGGUGCUGGGGGCGGGGGGGCUGCGGGAGGGGCGGGGAGAGGCGGGGAGGAGCUGCAGGAGGUGGUGCAUGAGGCUGGGGCGGCGGGGAGUGCGAUUGUGAGGGAUGAGAAGGCGUUGGACUCGGUUGUGAAGGUGUUCUGCGUGCACACUGACCCUAACUUCUCCCUCCCCUGGCAGCGCAAGAGACAGUACAGUUCCAACAGCAGCGGGUUCAUCAUUGAGAACCGCCGUGUGCUCACCAACGCGCACUCGGUGGAGCACCACACGCAGGUGAAGGUGAAGAAGAGGGGGUCAGACACCAAGUACCUGGCAACGGUGCUUGCUGUGGGCACUGAGUGCGACAUAGCGCUGCUCUCGGUGGAGGAUGACGAGUUCUGGAAGGACGUGCAGCCACUCAAGCUGGGAUCUCUCCCGCACCUCCAGGACCCGGUAACAGUUGUUGGUUACCCGAUAGGCGGCGACACAAUCUCAGUGACGAGCGGCGUGGUGUCGCGCAUAGAGGUGACAGCGUACGUGCACGGGGCGUCGGAGCUGCUGGGCGUGCAGAUCGAUGCUGCCAUCAACUCGGGCAACUCGGGCGGGCCGGCGUUCAACGCGGCGGGCGAGUGUGUGGGAAUUGCCUUCCAGUCGAUGCGCGGGGACGAGGCGGAGAACAUCGGGUACAUCAUUCCCACGCCCGUCAUCAACCACUUCAUCUCCGACUAUGAUCGCAACGGCCACUACACCGGGUUUCCCAUCCUGGGAGUGGAGUGGCAGAAGAUAGAGAAUCCAGACAUGCGCAAGGCGCUGGGGAUGGAGGCGGGGCAGAAGGGCGUGAGGGUGAGACGGGUGGAACCCACCUCGCCUGCCGCGCAGCUGCUGCAGACAUCCGACAUCAUACUGUCCUUUGAUGGCGUUGCUGUUGCUAAUGACGGCACAGUGCCAUUCCGCAAGGGUGAGCGCAUAGGCUUCAGCUACCUGGUGUCUCAGAAGUACGAGGGCGAGACGGCGCAGAUCAACGUGCUUAGGGCCGGCAAGGUGCUUCAGCUGGAGGUGGAGCUGAGGAGGCACAAGCGGCUCGUGCCCGUGCACAUCGCAGGGCUGCCCCCGUCGUACUUCAUCGUUGCGGGAAUUGUCUUCACCUGGGUGACUGUGCCGUACCUUCGGGCAGAGUACGGCAAGGACUAUGACUACGAUGCGCCGGUGAAGCUGCUGGAUAAGCUGAUGCACCGCAUGAGGCAGUCAGAUGAUGAGCAAGUAGUGGUCAUCUCACAGGUGUUGGUGGCGGAUGUGAACAUCGGGUACGAGGACGUGGUGAACACACAGGUGGUGGCUUUCAAUGGCGUGCCCGUGAAGAACCUGCUGCAGCUCGCUCGCCUCGUGGAGGAGUGCACCGAGCCCUUCAUGCAGUUUGACCUCGACUAUGAUCAGGUGUUGGUGCUGGAAACAGCAAAGGCCAAGGAUGCGACACCUGCCAUUCUUGAGAUGCAUUGCAUCCCAUCCCAUUGCUCCAAAGACAUCAAAGAAGGCCAUCUGUCCGCGGUUGUGUGA